AAAUUACUCACUUGCCAAAUCAGUUCACAAGCAUUUGCUCCAGAAGGCCACCGCUUUCGCAUACUCAUUCCCAUCGGCCAUCUCAUCUCGGCAUCUCCCCACCGGCCACCGCUUCCCGCUGCCCUCACUCGCGGCCGCCUCUGAUUUCUGGCUGCUCCGGACGGCCACGACAACAGUUGCUCCAGAAGGCCAAGGCCACAUAAUACACUGUAAGCCAUUUUCUUCUUGUAAUCUUGUUUGAUUUUAUCAAGGUAACUGUUGAAGGGACGAAAAAUGGGGGUAUUGGUAGUAAGGGCGCAGAGGUAGUGAAAAUUGGGGCCGAAAAAAGAGUAGCAACUGUGUGGUCAGUGGAUGGGCCGAAAGGGUGAUCUCUGUUCCCUGUUGCCCGUCUGGGGGCGUCGCCGCCUCGUGCUGCGUGCCGGGGAUUCGGGCCUGAGGGUGAUGAUGAGGGACUGAGGGUAAUCGGGUGAGAUUCGGGUAAGCGGGUAAAAAUAACCCGAUCGACUGCAACAAUUCGGGUACCCGGUUACCUGAUGGGUACCCAACUACUCGACGGUAAAACCCAACCCAAACCUGGUGCAGUGGUGCUGGAUAAUCGGAUAGCGGCCGGGUACGGGUGCAUUUUUAGCAGGCGGGUUGGGUACGGUCAUGCCAAAACCCGCACCCGGCCCGACCCAUUUACAUCCCUAGAUAUUCAUACAUUAUCAUAUCUCAGCAGCUAGGCAUGGCUAUGGUGUAUUUCCUUAUUUUCCAUGCAUCAUUUAUUGCAAUUUUCUUUGUUAAGUUAAAUUACUUAAGCUAUCCUAAUCCUAAUUUAAACCCUACUUCUACUUUAAACUUAAAUCUCAUUCGGAUCAGCUAACAAAAGCAGGUUUCUUCCACUUCAUUUAAAACACUUCAUCCCCACUUAUUCCAAAACCUCACGCCAAGCAAAUUUGCAUUCUGUGAAAUUCUCACUCUUUGCUAGAGUUGAACAUUAAUGCUUUUCCAGUGGAUGCUUAAUCCGGCGUCACCAAUGGCGGUGGUUUGGGGUCUGAGGGCGGUGUGGGUUGCGGCAAUUUCACCGAUCGCGAUUGCAUCCUUUCCAUCAUCCAAAGUCGGCAUUUUUCAUCAGUUAUUUCUUAAGCUCAGUGGACGGGGCAAGACUAUGGACGCAUCCUCUAAAAGACUGAGUGUCCCCCAGAAAUUCUUUGGUCACUUUUACAUACUCGCAGUUGUAUGGACAACUUUUCUGCUUGUAGCCACGUGGCUAUAUGCUCACAAGACAGCUCCAAGAGUUACUGAGCAUGUGCUGUUUUCGAGCAUAACUAGCCAUUUGACUGGGAUUUCGCACGAGUUGUUCUCGCGAAACUCUCAUUCAUCACUGAACAACAAAUACGGGCUCUGGAAAUCUGUGUUUCUGCUUUUGUUGAUGGAAAUUCAAGUAUUGCGACGCCUUUUCGAGACUAUAUACGUAUUCAAGUAUAGCCCCUCAGCUCGGAUGCAUAUUGGUGCCUAUCUCACUGGACUAAUUUUCUAUAUAGCAGCUCCACUAUCCCUCUGCUCCUCUUAUGCUUUGGAGGUAUUCAAAUUUGUGGUGAAUGUGUUCACAGAAUUUGUUGUUAAGGGGAAGGAUAGAAUGAAAUUCACAGAAUUUGAUAUGUGGGACCUUGUGAGUCCGCUUAUGCAGCUCAAAUGGUACACGUGGGUUGGUGCAGCUAUAUUCUCCUGGGGUUGGAUUCAUCAACGCCGUUGCCAUGCCAUUCUUGGAUCUUUGAGGGAAAAUGACCAAAAGGUCAACGAUUAUGAAAUUCCACGUGGCGACUGGUUUGAAUAUGUUUCCUCUCCACAUUAUCUUGCAGAAAUUGUCAUAUAUGGCGGGCUCGUGAUUGCUAGUGGAUUUUUUGAUAUCACGAUGUGGUUACUCUUUGGAUUUGUGGUUGCAAAUCUUGCCUUUGCUGCUGCCGAUACACAUAGAUGGACUAGAUCGGAGAAGAUGAGGUUUCAGCCCAUUGAAGGUUUCUAA